GGACAGCGACACGUCGACUGUUAACGUUGAUUCCUAUUGGUCCAUUGCGUCUUGACGUAGACGGAACUAGUUUGUUUUCCCUGCUCGGUGAUGAGGUGGAAAAAUGGCGGAGGUCGCUCACAAGCUGGGCGGCGGAGUUUGCCGGUUGUCCACCGUCAGAUCCGGCCAGAGUUUACCGGUUUGCUGCGGGGAUGCUUCCGAAACUCGGCGUGAAAAGUGCAUUUUUAUGGCAAGUCGAAAUAAUGAUGCUUUACCUGGGAAUGAAGGGAUGGUUUGGCUAAAAACCAAAGCGGCAGAACCCAAAGUAGAAGUCGGGCGAAUGGCAAGAAGUCAUCUUGUGAAUGAAACUUGUUUGUACCAGAACUCAACUCGUUUUACUGGGUUUGGUCAUGCUCGAGAGAUUUUGAAUGUAUUAAACAGUUCUUUGGUUGGACCGCGAAGGUCUUCCGGGAGCAGAGGAUCUGUUUCCGGUCACCUUAACCCGCUCUUCACGUCAACUCAGCAGCUGCGAGCUUUCUGCAUCCUCAUCCGACUAAAUAGGUUAGAGAGACGACAUUGUGACUCUUUUAAAUCCAGAAGCUACAGCAGGACAAGAGACCCAAAAGAUGACCCCUUGUACAGAAACAGGAUGGCCUAUUAUGACAUCCUCAAAGUGUCCCCUAAUGCCACGCAGUCCCAAAUCAAGACGGCCUACUACAAGCAGUCUUUCCUCUUCCACCCGGACAAAAACCCCGGGAGCGCAGAGUCUGCACUGCGCUUCUCUGAGAUCAGCGAGGCCUACACGGUGCUGGGCAACAAAAGUCUGAGGAGAAAGUACGACCGAGGCAUUCUGAGCAUGACGGACGUCCGCGGCGUGGGAAGACCCCCCUCCAAGGAGACCCCGAGCAGGUCUACGGGAUCCACACAACAGCAGCAGCAAACUACCUCCAGGCGCUUCUCCCAAACGGGAGGGAGGCCCAUGUACGACUUUGACGCAUUCUACCAGGCGCAUUACGGCGAGCAGCUGCAGAGGGAGCGAGAAAUGCGAGCCAGGCGGCAGCGUGAAGUCGAGGCGCGCAAGGAGAAGCUGCGCAGGUGGAGGCAGAGCAAGAUAAUCGAGGGCACGGUGGGCUUGCUGCUGCUGGUCGCGGGCAUCGUUUUCAUGAGCGUCAGCAAGCCCUGAAAGACGAGCGGCAUCGGGACCACCACCCUUGUGGGGCGAUCGCCUGAUGAAGACAUCACAGUGACGUCCAUCUGACGUCAUUUGAGCUGAACGACGCUGAUGCUAUUAAAGGUGGACUAUUAAAAAAAAUUAACGGGGACUGUUUGGGAUUUCAUUUAUAUACAUGUAUACACCAUACACACUAUGUAUAUAAUGGUAUACACCAGUGGUUCUCAAACGCUUUACACCAAGUACCACCUCAUCAUAACAUAUUUAGCACUCCAAGUACUAAUAUCAUGACCAACAUUAAAACCAGGUAAUGUACUAGUAGUGUUGGUCAAACAUGAGAGUGGUUUUACAAUAUAUGCAGUUUGAACAUUAUAUGAAAUCAUUCUUUCAUGUACCACUAGAAGGAGUGUGUGUCCCACUAGUGGUACUCCUACCAUACUUUGAGAAUAACUGGUAUACACUGACAUAUAUAUAGCUAUAGAUAUGAUAUAUAUGAUGGAAGGCCACAAAACUAAAAAUUAGUUUGUUCACA